UUCCAUUCACCACAAUACAGGCAGAUCAGCGUCUAGGCUUCUCUCAGUGCGUGUGUUAACUACACGAUUUAAAUCGACUUUACAGCGUGUUUUAUCUGUUAGUGGGGGGCAACUCGUGUUCAAAUACAACUCAGCGAUAUUUUAAAAAUAGAUUUACAUUGGUGUAUUGCUGAAAUUUGAAGAGAAAGCGCAAUAAUGCCCAGCCACCCGCUCCGUGUAGCAGUGGUGUGCUCCAGUAACCAGAACCGCAGCAUGGAGGCUCACAACAUCCUCAGCAAGCGCGGUUUUGAUGUGCGAUCGUUCGGCACCGGGACCCACGUGAAACUCCCCGGACCCGCUCCAGACAAGCCGAACGUGUAUGAUUUUAAAACCACUUAUGAACAGAUGUACAGCGACCUGGUCCGAAAAGACAAGGACUUAUACACACAGAACGGGAUCCUGCACAUGCUGGAGAGGAACAAGCGCAUCAAAGCAAGGCCAGAGCGCUUCCAAAAUUGUAAAGACCAGUUCGACCUGGUCAUCACCUGUGAGGAGAGAGUGUACGACCAGGUCCUGGAGGACCUGAACUCUCGUGAGCAGGAGACGCUGCAGCCGGUGCACGUCAUCAACGUGGACAUCCAGGACAACCACGAAGAGGCCACGCUCGGAGCCUUCCUCAUCUGUGAACUGUGCCAGUGUAUUCAGCACACUGAUGAUAUGGAGAACGACAUCGAUGAGCUCCUGCAGGAGUUCGAGGAGAAAAGCAACCGCUCGUUCCUCCAUACGGUCUGCUUCUACUGAUCACACACACACACACACACACACACACACACACACACACACACACACACACACACACAAGUCUUUCAGGCUUGUUACGAGACCCAGCUGGACUGGUAACGCUGACAUCAUUCUGAUCUCAAUCGCUGCUGCACACAGGGUUCACAUUAAUCUCUCUCUCUCUCUCACACACACACACCCCUGUUUCACCGGUCACACACACACACACACACACACACACACAUUUUACCCUAAAUCAUGGAGCACCCUGCCCUGGUUUCUUCCACACACUGCCUCAUCAUUUACACUUCCCUGUGUUAUUUCACUCGGUCAUCCUGAAAGAAACUAGUCUGGAUCCUGUUUUCCUUUUUUAUUAUUUCUAUUAUUAUUAUUAUUAUUAUAAAUAUGAUGAUUACUCUUUUUUGGCAUAGUUUGGUGUGUGUGGUUUAUAGAAUAUGAGAGAGCGGUGUGAGAAUGUGGUCGUGUGUGUGAAUGAAUGAAACAGUCGAUGAUUUUACUUGAACAGUACCACAGACGCACCACAGACGCACCGCAGACGCACCGCGGUAACCCUCGGUACCGUUCGUUUUUGUUUUUUAUUCUUUAUCAUUAUGUAACCCUGAUUUGACCUGGAAUCCCUCCACUUCUUCUUUUCUUUAUCGUCUCUGUGAACUGUACGCGAGCGUGUGAUGGUCGAGUGCCUGAACGUUACUGUAAAUACUUUGCUGAAAGAAAAAAAUAUAAAAAUAAAUGAAUAAUAAAAUCCUGCAAUAAAAUGCACCAAA